GGGGGAUAUCGUAUUGUUUUUCAACAUUUACACAAAUUUAAAGAUAAAAAAACUCUUCCCAAGUAAAAUACCAAAAAUGAGUAUGACCAGCACCUGAGAUCCAGAUGAAAGAACAAAAGGUGCAAUCACCUGCAGAAAGAAACACAUUACAUGAGAUGGAUGUUUAUGUUUUUGAGCUCUUCACACACGAGGAAACCAGAGGAAGGACGUCCUUUAGGAUGCACCAUCUUGGGAGUUUCUUUAUCCGCCCACAAGCCUGGGGGAGUCGCUAAAGCUAAUGGUUAGCUUCUACGAGCUGAGACAUUGUCUGCUGUUUCCUGGAGGCUAAACCAACAACAACCUUCCCCGUUGCGAGCAAAGACGGGCCUGCUUCAAGAUGAUUAUGCAGAUUUUUGACCUGAUUGCAGCAGAACACCACUUGUGUGAGCGGUUCUCCCCUCAAUAAUAUCAGAGGAGAAACAGCUGGCUGCUACCACUUCAACUUCAAGAUAAACUACCAGACUCCCAAAAAGAACAGCACCAUUUAAAGUCACGGUCCAGAAAACAAGACGUUUGGACCUAGAAAAUAGCGACUGGUGUUUAGUGCUCUUUCGUUUCCUCUGGCAAUGUGGGUUUCUGGUUCCGGCGGACGCAGCCCAGGGAAGAUGCUUGACAGGAGGGGUGUCUGCUGUCACAGUGUGGAGCCAAAAUAAAAAUCCUGCUGCCGCGUGGACUCUUCCCUUGGAAUACUGAUGCAGUGAAGGACAAUUUGUGUCCCAUCAGUGUGGACCCAAGCUGGAUCGGGGGAACCUUUUAGAGACACCAGGAUAAAGGAAAUCGAAACAUUCUGGGCUUAGUCAAGUCUUUUAAAUUAUUUGGUAAAAUGGUUUCCUCCAACUCCGGCCACUAUUGAGAUUUCUUCAGUGAGGAUAUUGAGGAAAUCUACAAACAUCUUUUGCUCACAAUAAAGAAGUUGGAUAAGAGCUGCAGGCUGGGACUGGGAGCAGGAUGCCAGAGUUGGACGACUUUCCCCCGCUGAAUGGAGCCAGAGGCCCUGAUCUGAGCCUUAAUGGUCCAGCGAACCCAGCCCAGAUCCAGCACAGCAUCCUGGAGGAGCAGGUGGAGCUGUGGUGGUUCAGAGAUCCUGGAAAAUCUUUGCUCUGCUAUUGUAUUGCAGUGCUCCUAAUCCUGGGCUGUGGACUCGGCGGCGUUGGACUUCUCUCCACCACCACCAGCCUAUCGAGCGAAUGGCGGCUGGGCGCUGGGACGGCUCUGUGUCUGCUGGCUCUGGGGGUCCUGCUCAAACAGCUGCUCAGCUCAGCUGUGCAAGACAUGAAUUGCAUUCGAAGCCGGCGGCAGAUAGACAUGCUAAAGAGCGGGGGGCUGUCUGACAUUUUAGUGGUUUUAAUCACAGGGCUGUCACUGCUGAUUUGUGGAGGGGUGCUCCUUCGAUUGGCCCUGGCUAACCACAUGCCAAAGCCCGGCCAAGCUCUCAAUGACAUGUACAUCUCCGGGGUGGUUCUACUGGCAGGAGGGGGGACAGCCGUUGUGGGUGUUGGGAUAUACUUCGUUGUGGUUGUGCUACUUCAGAGGACGAGGCACGGACGAAGGCUCGUAGAUCGAGUCCUGAACAUCUUCACCGUGUCGGGACACAUCGACCGCCACGGUCGCAGGGAGACCGCCUCCAGCUUGGCACACCUCAUAUGAGUGACUUUGGUCCCUGACUGAGUGAAGUUUAUACCCAAGUGUGAAAAAUGAUAACCAAUCAUAUAUCACAUGGCUCACUGGGUUAAAUUGUGCAUGAAAUGCAUUUACUUCAUGGUUUGUUUUGGCUGUAGACACAAGAAAUUUAAAUUGGGAAGAAAACUGACGAAGUAAAGAUAAAAGUGUUAAAAUAGGUAUUUUAUUUAUGUUAAUUUAUGUUCGGAUUCUCUCAAAACCUAAAAAUUGUGGUGGGAUACAGGUUGAGCAUCAACUUAAAAGCACAGAUUUAUCUAAUUUUUAAUAUUAAAAAUGAAAUGAUAUUUAAGGUCAUUCAGGAUAUUCAGAAAGGAUAAACACAGAUUUGAUCUCAGAUCUAGUUCAGCACUUUGCUAAUUAACAAAAUAAAACUGAGUGAUCAGUUAUUAACUAUGUUUUAUUAACCUAACAACUGUCAAUAAACUUAAGGGUAACUUGAGGGUAUUUAAUGGUUCUUUUUAUAUGCAGGCAGCACAUUUUGCAUAACGAGGGUUGUUAGUUAUCAGUGAUCUGUUCUCUCAAAGUGACCUUGGACCACACAUCUGAUCAAUGAUUGUAAACUGUUCUUUUUAGUUCUGUUUGUUUGCACACACUCACAUGAAUAUAUUGAUUUGGAUAUUUUUAAACCAGUUAAUCUCCGUUGUCACAGUUUCAUUUUAAAUUAAGUUCAUGCUAAACAAACAAACAAAAAACAAAAUACAACUUUGUUGAGAGAAAUUUAAAGUCCUGAUUGGCACGAGUGACUGUUAACACGUAGAACAGAAGUCAACCUGAUUGUUGGACAUUUGGCCUGUUUUAACGGCACAGCAUGUAUGUAGGCAUCAUUUGUUUUGUGUGCAUAAAUUACCUGACCUGAAAAGCAAAUGUUUUCCUUAAAUCUGUGUUCAUCAUUGUUUUUGUGGCAUUGCAGCCAAUUUCUUUGUGGAAUAAUAGUAAAAAUGAAGAUCACCCUGGGUCUGGAAGUGAAGAACAAAAUCUCUUAUUUCUCCCAUUUCAGUUCAUUGUUGAUAUUAUCAAAAGCAGCAUUGCUCACAUCUAUUACUUAAACGUUGAGCGUUAACUUUGGAAUAAAGUGUCUGCUACACACCAUAUUGCCACCGGGCCACAAAAUAAAUAAAUAAAUAAAAUAAACCAGUAACUAUUUGAUCCAAACUGAACGUCUAAUAUUACUGGUAUGGUAUUACCUUCUGCCUUUCAGCAAUCUUACUUGUUUUAGAAUUUAAAACAGCAUUUGCCUUGUUUUUGAAUAUACUCAGCUUGUAUCAAAUGUACCAGAAAUUCUGUCAUCUCCGACCUGUUUUCCUGUGUUGUAGUCAAAACGGGUCAAUUUGAGAAAAGCUGAUUUAAUACAUCAAAAGUUUAGACACACUUAUUACAUUUGUAUGUCCCAAUCCGCUUCAACGUUUGCGAUAUAAAAACAUUGGUCACGGUCAUGCUAACUGCAGAUCAGUGCUAGCCUGAUCUACUGCAAUGCUAGCCCAAGCUACUAACCCUAGCCUGAGCAUCUGCUAACCCUAGCCUGAGCUUCUGCUAACACUAGCCUGCGCUACUGCUAACACUAGCCUGAGUCACUGCUAAUGCUAGCCUUAGCUGCAGCUAAGGCUAGCCUGAGCCACUGCAAAUGUCCUUGUUGGAUGACAGGAAAACAACACAGAAGAACAAUGGAGCUCACAUAUAACAUUUCAGGAUGAACUGGGAAUAUCCAAACUUUCAAAGAAUGCCAGAUCAGAUCCGUGGAUAGUUUACUGAGGUUUCUGGAUACUGUGCUCAGAGUUUCUGGUUUUAGGCAGUGUCAUAGAGCCAAUGGGGUAAACUGGCCAAUCAGCAUCCAGAUCCUAGCCGAGUGUGUCAGUGUUGUGUUUGGCCAUUUAUCAGAGCUGAAUUUUUAGCUACAUAUCUUUAGCACUGGCUAAGUUAUACGUAGCUAUAAGAUUUGCCACGGUGGCCAUUUUGAAUUUAAAUUAAUUGUAGAUUGUGUGACUAUUGUCUGAAAUUUCAAUGGAAUCUAUCCUGGGGUUCAUGAGAAAUGCCACUAACAACACAACCAAAACAAAUACACUACAGCCUACCUACAGAUUUUUGGACAGUUGUGGUAAAGAAUUGGGAUUAGCAGGAAACAGACUAAAGCCUAAUAUGCACUUCUUCGUCUGUGUCGGGAUGGACACACGCAACACCAUUAUCCAUCCUUGCGAGCCUGCUGAAGAGCCCUCGCAAGGACGGACGUAGCCGAGCUCUCUUUUCUAAACAUCCGUCCAUCGAGACCGAGAACACAAGCUUGUGAGAGCCGAGGAUAUCUAUCAGCAGACGCGGAGCAGCUUGAAGAAUAACUCGCGGAAAAACUCUAAAAACAUGAAUGUUUUAUUAUCCCAUGACUGGAGGAGUGAAAAGAUGAGCAGGAAGCGUUUUAUUCGUUGACAGAAAGGACGGAAAAUGUAGGUUUAGAGGUGGCUAGCGCAUGAAGAGGUUUAGGAGAAUGAGGGACUAAUUUGUCCGUGUUAAAAAGUCUCAAAUACAAAAAAAAAAAAAAAAAACCACACACACACACACACACACACAAUAUAAACACACUAACGUGGACCGGAUACUUGACAGGAUACCACUGAACUGCGCCACACCCUCUGUUGUCCUGGCGGGGAAUUUGCUUUGCAACACUCCUGAGAAGUCAGAGAGCAAAACGUCUCCUUCCGUGCAUGUCUCCCUCGUGGAGCUGACAGAGAAGUAUAAAUUAGGCUUAAGUAGGAGGCCGAACCCUAAGAAAGUACAUUACUUCAUGAAAUAGUUUAAUGAUGUCCUGCACAAACCUACAGCUCAUUUAUUCAUGCUCUCAUUUCUCAUUAGACAUUUUAAGUUAGAAGCACCACAUUUCUGAAAGCAUCCAGCCACUUAAUUUUUAAGGGAUUUUCAGUGGUAAAUUAUAUUUAUUCAUUAAAAAUCCCAAUUCUAAAUUGAGCAAGCUAGCUAGAGUGCACAGUGUCCAUUUAAUGGUUUUUGCACUAAACUGUUCUGUUACAUUAAUUGUAUGUGUUUUCAGUUUUUAUGUAACAAAGCUUUUUUAAGCUGUGUUCAUUUUUUAAGGUUUGUGAAAUAUUUCAGGGUUUGUCUCUUAUCUCCCAUCAUCUGACAAAAAAAAGGAAAUACAUUUGUGCCACACCCCUUAUCGUGCACAAACACAUUUUGUUGCUUUGAGACAAAAGGAGUCACACAGUCAACCAUUGUUGGUGUGAAGGACAACAAACUGAAGCACAAUGCACAAGGCAAUGAUCAGUAGCGGCUGGUAUGUGCCAGCACCACAUUUCUUUUUUUCCUCCUGAGACACACAAAAGAACUUUGCAUAUGAUGCAUUUUUACUCUAAAGUCAAAGAUGAGCAACAGUACACUGUAUCCACAGUGGCCAGAAAAAAGGUGAGCAAAGAACAGAGGCAGGUCAUAAUGAAGGAGAGAGAAGUGUGUUAUGACCCCAUGAGUUUGUGGCUGAUCAGGGAAUUCUACCUCACACACCUGGCUGAUUAGUAAUGUAGAACACCUGAGGACCUGGAGUGUCUAUUUAAAACCUGGAGUCAAUCUAACAUCUGCUCUCCCUACAGGUAUGCUGCCAUGUUUAUGUUCAGUCUGUGCCUCUUUUUUAUAACAUUGUUUUGCUACAGGUAAAUUUGGGUUACUUUAGGCUCAAUAAAUCACAUUUUAUUGACUUUUUGCUGUGUCUCUACUUUUGUUAUGACCCAGUGAGCCAGGUCGUAACACUUGGGGGCUCCCAUCGGGUUUGCACCCAGGCUCGCUCACCGUGUAUGGUGUCUGGCCAAACGUGACUGCAUUUAUUAUUGUGUGUGCAUAUUGGUGCAGUUAUCAUCUUAUCUCUUUGCUCUGAACACCCAUGAUGUGUGUUUGGAAUCUGACUGAAGCCCCACACCCCCGGUAAAAUUAUUUGCUUAGCUGGAGUUUAGGACACUCAGGAUCUGGUAUUUCAUAGUUCAUUGCAGAACCAAUAAAAGAAAAAAAAAAAGUCAUAUAGGAAUUCCCAGUAGACAUGCAUGAUGGAACAGGAUUAAGGCUUAAAAAUAUUUAUGAAGGUUCUGGCGUUCACUACGCCAUAGAGGAGCAAGAAACCAAGAAAGGAAACGAUAUUUAACAUUACAUUUGACUUAGUUACAAAAGAUGAUGCUGGUGAGAUACAAUGGCUCCAAAAUCUUUAGAUUUCGAAUUUUUAUUUUUUAAUCAAAAACUAUUUGCAGUAUGUACACUUACCGCUGCCAAUACUAAUCAAUCCAGCAAGUUGAAGGCAACGCUAGGUUUUCCUAGAACAUCCCUAGGGUGCACGAUAGAGGAAGAGUCUCAUUUUGAUAGGUGUUUAGAAAAGAAAAUAUCUAGACAGUAGGAUGAAUGCACAUUAAUAGAGAAAUGCCAGAGGAAAACAUUUAUCUGGCUGCUUUUGAGAGGCUCAUCUCUUCCCUCCGAUGCAACUCAAGUGGCUCUGCCAGGAAGAGAGAACGAGCUGCCAAUGCCAGGUGCGCUAAUCUGCUCACCAGGAUUGGAAGUGAUGCCAAAGAGGCUUCCACAAGGUGAUUAAUAUGGGAUAAUCUAAUAUGAAGAAUUUGAAGAAAAUAUGUAUUUGCUUUCUCACUGAGAGCAGAAUUAUUAGAGUCAAAGCAUCUAAUGCUGAAUUUCAACGUGACAUUUUAUGCAGAACCUGUCUCUUGCAUCUUUUUGUGCUGCCAUGUGGGUCUCUACCGCCUCUAUAAACACUCCAAGUGUGAAAAACCCAUCCAUCCAUUUUUUGUUGUUUAUUUUAAGACUCGUGCUCAAUACGAGCCGUUUCAAAAAGUCCUCAUUUGUGACAUCACAGACAAA